GUUAAACAUCUCAUUUCAGUACGAGGAUGUCGUCCGGGGAAGAUCGUUCAGAUGACUGAAGCAGAAGUUCGGGGCUUAUGCAUAAAAUCACGGGAAAUAUUUCUUAGCCAGCCUAUUCUCCUGGAACUAGAAGCACCUCUGAAAAUUUGUGGUGAUAUUCAUGGUCAGUAUACAGACUUGCUUCGAUUAUUUGAAUAUGGAGGAUUUCCACCAGAAGCUAAUUAUCUUUUCCUUGGAGAUUAUGUAGACAGAGGCAAACAGUCUCUGGAAACAAUUUGUCUAUUACUGGCAUAUAAAAUCAAGUACCCGGAAAACUUUUUUCUCUUAAGAGGAAAUCAUGAAUGUGCUAGCAUCAAUCGGAUCUAUGGAUUCUAUGACGAAUGCAAACGGAGAUUUAACAUUAAGCUGUGGAAGACCUUCACAGACUGUUUUAACUGUCUGCCUAUUGCAGCCAUUGUGGAUGAGAAGAUCUUCUGUUGUCACGGAGGACUGUCUCCAGAUCUCCAGUCAAUGGAGCAGAUCCGGAGAAUUAUGAGACCUACAGAUGUUCCUGACACAGGCUUGCUGUGUGACCUGCUGUGGUCUGAUCCAGACAAAGAUGUGCAAGGUUGGGGUGAAAAUGAUCGUGGGGUUUCUUUCACUUUUGGUGCUGAUGUGGUCAGUAAAUUUCUGAAUCGUCAUGAUCUGGAUUUGAUCUGUCGAGCUCACCAGGUGGUUGAAGAUGGAUAUGAAUUCUUUGCUAAACGGCAGUUGGUCACUCUAUUCUCAGCUCCAAAUUAUUGUGGGGAGUUUGACAAUGCAGGGGGCAUGAUGAGUGUGGAUGAAACUCUGAUGUGUUCCUUUCAGAUAUUGAAACCAUCUGAAAAGAAAGCCAAGUACCAGUAUGGUGGACUGAAUUCUGGGCGUCCAGUCACUCCACCUCGCACAGCUAAUCCACCGAAGAAGAGGUGAAGAAAGGAAUAAUAUAGAAACACCAUCAGAUCUGUCAAGGACAAAACUCCAUAUUACAGUAUAUAAUAAGUGUGCACUGUAAAACCAUCCAGCCAUUUGACACCCUUUAUGAUGUCACACGUUUAACUUAAAGAGACGGGUAAAGGAUCUUUAUUAAUUUUUUUCUAGUAGAAAGAUGUGCGACACUGUAUUGUAACAAGUAUAGCUCCAAGUUCUAAUAUCCACCAUAGAGUAAAAAA